AUGCAUUCGUCGUGGUUUUCAUACCCUAUUUCGAGACCAUAUCCAUUUCGAUGGUUUACACCAGUCACCUUAGUCGGAGGUUUGGUUCUAGCAGUCAUCUUCACCUUGAUCAACCUGGGCUCUAGUGGCUUCUACUUAAAGUCCGAGUUCACGUCGGAUCCUAACAGCACAAUUUCUGGCAAAACAGAGUGGUUUAUGAAACCACCGUUUACCUGGGAAAACAGCCUUGAGCCGAAAUGCGAACCCAAGAUGUUGUCGGUUGGAGAUAGCUUCUUCACCAGCGGGUUGGGAUUCCAAUACACAGUCAAGUCACUCAAGCGCGUCAACGAUAGUGACGAAUCGGUGGAAACCUUCCCGUCGAUCCCUUACUUGAACAAUACCCUCGAAGGCUGUUUCCUUGACCGAGCAUCUCUCAAACUCAAAAAGUCCGACGCUAUCGGGUCCCGGACGUGGUGGAUUUCCUGGUCCGCCGCCUCGUCUGUCGAGGCAACAGCGGCGUGUAGCGUCAUGACGCAGCUUGGCCGUGUCAACAUCUCGCUUGCUUUGCAGUAUUCGGGAGGAGCUGACCAUCUUUAUGGGUACAUUCUCGAGGAUAGCCCCAUCGAACACGCCAGCACCUGGUGGGGGACUAGGCUACUCAAUGCCUACCUUGCCGGAGUCUGGCAAAUCAUGUCACUCACGCAACAGGUUGCUGAUGCAAAGGAAGACCAUUAUUGGGCCUUUGGAGACAUCCUAUACAUUCGAAAUCUGUCUGAACAAGACAUCCGGACUAUAGACUUUUUCAGAUCUGACGCGUGGAUCGCCUCUUCGCAUGGGAGGAUUGUAACUACCAGUAUGGUGACUGUGGGCUCGCCUUUUGGCUUUGCUAACGACUUCUCAGAUACCAAGAACUUGACCUAUCUAUUUGAGAAUCCCAAGGAUCCUUUGUCGCCUGUUGCGACAGAAGGGCUUCACUACGCCAAGCUCCUACACUCCCUCGUCUCAAUCGACCUGGGCAACUGCCAGGCGCCGAACCUACUUUUAAACGAUAAUGACCUCAAGUAUGCCAUCGACGCCCCGGAGUCACCGAACAGAAAGCCAAAGAAGGACCUUGACUACCGGACAGGGAAGUAUAAGGGCAGCAUGGACCGAUACAGCAAAAUACCUCGUCCAAAUACAUUUUACAACAAGAACCUCACGUUUCUCGAUGAGGCAUACGAUGAGUUCAGGCCUCUUACGGGGAAGCUCGGUUGUCAGAACUCGACCAUUGUUGCGCAAUAUCUCUGCUCUGUUCCCAAGAGCAAGAGCGCCGGUACCAUGAUUUUGGCGAUUGUCAUCGCAAAUCUGGUUUUCCUGCAGGCAGCUUGGAGGCUUUUGGGUUUGGUAGCACAGGGGAUGUUGCCAAAUGCGGAUCCGGAGGCUAUGAUAUGUGAAGGUUGUUUGAAAGGCAAUUAUGCAAUGGAACAAGUCUCGAGUCGGUCAGUUAGUCGGCUUGGCGGCACUGACUCUGGCAAUGAGAGUACAGUGCAACUGGUACCACGAUAG